GCGUUGUCAGCUGGGCAGUACGACGUCGCAAACAUGGUGAUCUUCAGUGUGUAUGUGGUGAACAAGGCUGGAGGUUUAAUCUACCAGUAUGACAACUACGUCCCGAGAGCGGAGGCCGAGAAAACUUUCAGCUACCCUUUAGAUCUGGUGCUCAAACACCACGAUGAAAAAGUGGUGGUGUCGUUUGGACAGCGUGACGGGAUCAGAGUGGGACAUGCGGUGCUGUCCAUCAAUGGAGUUGAUGUGAUGGGGAAGAACACAGCAGAAGGAAAGGACAUCCUUGAAUACCUUAAAGAUGCCACAAACUAUCCUGUGUCAAUCAGAUUUGGACGAGCGCGCCUGAGCUCCAAUGAGAAGCUGAUGCUGGCGUCCAUGUUUCACUCGUUGUUCGCUAUAGGUUCACAGUUAUCUCCUGAAGUUGGCAGCUCAGGGAUCGAGAUGCUAGAAACGGAUGUCUUUAAACUCCACUGUUUCCAGACACUCACAGGGAUAAAGUUCAUUGUGUUGGCAGACCCCCGGCAAUCUGGCAUCGAUGCUUUAUUGAGGAAGAUUUAUGAAAUCUAUUCAGAUUUUGCCCUCAAGAACCCAUUCUACUCUCUGGAAAUGCCAAUCAGGUGUGAACUCUUUGAUCAGAACCUGAAGAGUUCGCUGGAGGUCGCAGAGAAAGCCGGUAACUUUGGAGCUGGAUCUUGAAGAGAUAAAUAAAGAGACAACAUGAAUCUGCCUAAAUGGUCAUUUCCAAUCACAGGAAGGAAUGAAUGAAUAGUGAAUGUUUAUGACUGAGGACCUUGAUGAAGGAAAUUAAGUAGGCUGACUUUGUUCCUUUGGACUGGGAUGUGUCAUGCUGUAAAUACAUGAUUUUUUUUGUAAAUAUUUAAAAAUAUUAAAGUCGUGUGUUAAUG